GCAAAUAAAAGAGAAGUCUAUCCUCUUCGCACGACCAGGCCACCACCGUCUCCAUCUCUGUCUGGAGUGCUUAAGCUAUGGCUUCAAUGGCUGCCCUCACUUCUCAAUUCUCUUCUCCUCCAGACUUCACAAAGCCUAUGCUUUCCUCAUCUUCCUUAUACAAAAUAAACACAGAAACAAAUGUUAUUAGCACGUGGAACUUAUCUCAGACUGGCUCUCAGAAGAAACCUCAAAGAAAACUUCAAAUUUGUGGUCUGUUUGGAGGAAAAAAGGACAGUAAUGAGAAGGGUGAUGAUGCUCCAUCAAAGGCAGGAAUUCUAGGAAACAUGCAAAAUUUGUAUGAGACUGUGAAGAAGGCCCAAAUGGUUGUUCAAGUUGAAGCAGUACGUGUGCAGAAAGAACUUGCAGCAGCAGAAUUUGAUGGUUAUUGUGAGGGUGAGCUUGUGAAGGUAACUUUAUCAGGAAACCAGCAUCCUGUACGCACUGAAAUCACAGAGGCUGCAAUGGAGUUAGGACCCGAAAAACUUGGUCUUUUGAUUACUGAGGCAUAUAAAGAUGCGCAUCAGAAGAGUGUGUUGGCCAUGAAGGAUAGGAUGAGUGAUCUUGCUCAGAGCUUGGGCAUGCCACCAGGUCUCAGUGAGGGGCUGAAGCAAUAAUCCAGCAGAGGUAUCAAUCGAGGAACUUCAACGUUGUACAAUAGAGGAGAAAGUAGGUAGACAACCUGAUGCCAUUUUCCCAAUAUUGACUACAUAACAUGAUCUAUCAUUUUUGGCCAAGGGAAUGUGUAGGAGAAUUAGGUGCAAACAGAAUAAUUUUCUCAUGUUAUAGAAAUUUUCUUCAACUGAAAGAAUUUUUUCAUGUUUUUUGGACAAUUUGCAGAAGUUUACAUGGACAAUUAUGACGAUUAUGUCUUGGUUUGGAAUUUACGUUGCCCCA